AUGAAGACUGCUGCUAUUUUCUCUGCCCUCGUGGCUCUAGCAAGCGCUGCUGCUGUUGACCUCACCAAGCGAGCAUCACCUCUCGAUGUCAAGGUCGAGCAGCUCGGCAACACUGGAUUCAAGGCUAGUAUCACCAACACUGGAGACUCCGCGUUGCGAGUGUUGAAGACUGGCAGCAUUCUUGACUCAGCGCCUGUCGAGAAGGCCAGGAUUUCACAGAAUGGUAAGCUAGUUCAGUCCUUUUGCUUUGAUCCGUCAUUGUUACCUUCGAUUCCCAAGAGUGUUGCCUUUACUGGUCCACGCUUCUUUAUCCACACCGAGAAUCUCUCAGAUUCAGCCUUCCAGGUGAUUGCUGCAGGAGAGACGGUCGAGGUUGAGUGGGACGCUGCGCAAUGGCAUGAUCUGGGUGCUGGUGGCGCCUUCGAUAUCGCCUCUUCUGGUAGCCUCCAGUACGCCAAUGAGGGAAGCAACACCAUCGUCGGCCAGGUUAUCUACAGCUCGAACACGAUUCAAGCCACGGUUGACGGUACUCAAGCCGCUGAAGUCUACUCCGCCUUCAAAAUCGCCCAGAACGAGAAGCGCGUCACAGUCCAGAGUGACUGCAGCGGCUCGAGGAAGACCGCGGUUACCAAUGCCAUCAGCAAGGCCAAGUCAUACGCCACAUCUGCCAGUGCUGCUGCCACGGCUGGAACCAGAGUGGACCAGUACUUCCACUCCACCUCAAGCAGCACAAAGAGCACAAUAGCCAGUGUCUUUGACAAGACCGCUAGCCAGUUCAGCAGCAGUACCAGUGGCGCCGUCAAGCUCUACUGUACCGACGUCGGAAACUGGUGCACCGAUGGCGUUGUCGCCUAUACCCAGCCGGGCAGCAACGAGUACAUCGUCUUGUGCGAUUACUGGUUUCAAUUCCCAGCCUCCUCCACCGCCUGCCACGCCGCUGACCAGCCAUAUGUUUUGGUCCAUGAGGCUACACACUUGGUUGCUGUCAAGGGAACCGACGAUGUCUGCUACGGUUAUGAGGGCUGUGUGACUUCCAUAAGCACUUCGCAGUCACUCAACAAUGCUGACUCUUAUGCCCUUUAUUCCAAUGGUAUUCUGGCCAAUUGCUGA